AUGACAAAAAUAUCCUGCGACCUCUACCGAUGGCCACCGCAAGCCGCACCUCUGCCGGAGCUUACGACAACCAACGGUCGUCGCCGUUGGCCUCCUCCGCCGGCAAUCGCCACCGGCAACCGGCGACAGCGACAAUCGCCGGCGGCGGCCGACAGUGGUCGCCGGCAACGAUCGUCGACGGCGGCCGACGGUGGUCGCCAGCGACGAUCGCUGGCGGCGGCCGACAGUGGUCGCCAGCGACGAUCGCUGGCGGCGGCUGACAGUGGUCGCCGGCGAGUCGCCGGCGACGAUCGUCGACGGCGGCCGACGGUGGUCGCCAGCGACGAUCGCUGGCGGCGGCAGCGGUCACCGGUGGCGGCGGCGGGCGGUGGUUGCCGACGGCGGCGGUCGGCAGUGGCGACGGUAGCCGGAGGUGGCAGUGGCAGUGGCGGUGCCGGCGGGCGGUGGUCGCCGGCGGCGACGGUCGGCGGUGGUUGCCGGCGGCGACGGUCGGCGGUGGUCGCCGGCGGCCGACGGUGGUGGUGGUGGCCGGCGGUGGCCGGCGGCAACGGCGACGGUGGCGGCGGUAGGCGGUGUUCGCCGGCGGCGGGCGGUGGUCGUCGGCAGCCGGCGGUGGUUGUCGGCGACAGUGGAUGGCAGCCACGGUGGACUAGGGGUAUAUUCGAUGUUUAA